CCUCAAACUUAGCAUUCUUGACUAACCUAACCAUGUCAAGGGAUCCACUAGUGGUAGGACACGUGGUGGGUGACAUUUUGGACCCGUUUACUAAAGCAGCCUCGCUUAAGGUUCUGUACAACAACAAGGAACUGACCAAUGGGUCUGAGCUCAAGCCAUCGCAGGUAGCAAAUGAACCGAGGGUUGAAAUAAUUGGUGGGCGCGACAUGAGCAACCUUUACACUCUGGUGAUGGUGGAUCCAGACUCCCCAAGUCCAAGUAACCCAACAAAAAGAGAAUACCUUCAUUGGUUGGUGACAGACAUCCCGGAAUCAGCAAAUGCUAGCUAUGGAAACGAAAUCGUCAGCUAUGAAAACCCAAAGCCAACUGCUGGAAUACAUCGCUUUGUCUUUGUUCUCUUCCGCCAGUCUGUCCAGCAAACCGUUUAUGCACCAGGAUGGAGACAAAAUUUCAACACGAGAGACUUUUCUGCGUUCUAUAAUCUUGGACCUCCUGUGGCUGCAGUGUUCUUCAAUUGUCAAAGGGAGAAUGGGUGUGGAGGCAGACGAUAUAUUAGAUAAACACCAUCUCAUUGACUGCACCGCAAGAAGGAAUAUUACUUAAAUUUGAAAGAAAAGAAAAUUGCAAGGCCAGACACUUCGCAAAGCGAUGAUAAUGCUGGGUCUUAAAAUGUAGCUUCAUUUGAAAAUUAAAUUACUUUGCCACAUCUGCAAGUGCAAUGAAAUUAGCUUAUAGUUUCAUCAU